AUGAGUUUAGAUGAGAAUAGUGAGAUUGUGCUGCCAAUUCUUACCGACGACGGCGAGCCGCCGCCCAUACUACAAAACGAGUUUAAGGUCGACAUCAUUCCAAAAGUGCAGAUGCUCAAAAUUUGCGCGACACGCGCCUCUACUUCAACCAGCGAUCUCAUCGAACUCGGCACCGUCGACGUCAUCGACGAUUCCGAGCAACACACAUUUCUAGAAGCCGAUCAUCCCGAUAUUUAUCUAACACACGAUUCCAUUGAAAAACGCAAGUAUCACUUCUAUAUAAAAGCUCCUCCGGAGCACAUUAAAAAGAAGUCGCCGUGGCGGGGAAUGUCCAACUACUACCAGGUCGAGCAUCUGUUCACCAUUGACGUCGAGGAAAAUUCGAAAUUCGCUCGAGUCUUCAACGACGCCACGUUCCUUAACACAACAAUAAUCCAUCAAAAUGGAAUCGAGGUGACCUAUGAAUGCGAAAAUGCCAAUUCAAUUCGCUUCGCAAUCUUGCUCAAUCUCAAUAACGUCUUCAAUAGUGUCUAUGAUGCCCAUAAUCAAAAAUUUCCAUGGCUUAACACUCGCGGAAGCGCUCAGGAGUCGAUUCCAAAAGAAGUCGAUUUCGAUUUCGACGAAUUCUUCAAAUUGCACACCAAAGUUCGGAAAACUCAUUUGCAGAAUCAUCCGACGCCUAGAUACCUAUUGAAGGAAGAUCUCUUGACAUGUAAUUUAUUAAAAUACCAGCGUGAGACGAUUCGAUGGAUGAUCGCAAGAGAGGAGAAUCCCGAUAUCAAGUUUGACGACAUGUUCGAAGCCUUCGAAAUCAAAGGUCGCCGUCCAAUCUACUAUUUUCCAAGAUUCGGCGUGUUUACCAAAUCGAAAGACAUCGAUUUCAGUUUGCUGGCCGUUCAAGGCGGAAUUCUCGCCGACGAGAUGGGCCUCGGCAAGACGGUCGAGAUCAUCGGUCUAAUCGCCACCCGCCAAAUGGGCGCCGCCAUCGAAAUGGCGACGAAGCCUGACAAGAUGGGCAUCGUCAGAAACGAGCGUAUUCGAAGCGGCGGCAUCGACGAGCUCAGUCACUACAAAAGCUUCAAAGAUUAUGAACAAGCGAAAAAAAUCGACAAGUCGUUGGGCAGCGCUGUCGUCUACACCCCCCUUGAAACCGACACUCGGAAAAAGGUCGAGGAGACCCUUAUAAAGUGCAAUGGUUGUUGUACAAUGUGUGUGGCUCAAAAAUGUAACUGGAUCGACGAGUUCAACGAAAUCGGCGCGUUCCGUUGCCCGCAAUGCAUGGAACGCGUCCAGCCACUCGAGAUCAAAGCGACGAUCAUCAUCGUGCCCGAAUCCCUGGUUCAGCAAUGGUUCGACGAAAUCAGCAAGCAUUGCGACGCCGCGCUCAAAGUCAUGUAUUACUUCGGUGUCACAAAAGCUGGUUAUGUGCAUCCCUACGAGUUGGCGAAGCAGGACGUCGUGCUCACCACCUACGAGACAAUUCGCAGCGAGCUCGACUUUGCCAAUGUUGUCGAGUCCAAACGCGAAUUGCGCGGCGGCAGCCAACAAUACAAAUUCUCACCGAGCCCAUUAACCCACGUGAUCUGGUGGCGAAUGGUCGUCGACGAGUCGCAAAUCGUAGAAGGCGUCGCCCGUCGUGUGCCCCAAAUGUGCUCGAAAAUGCAAUCGAAAUUCCAUUGGUGCGUCACCGGCACGCCGCUCGUCAAAUCGUGCAGCGACAUCUACGGUCUCGUCGUUUUCCUCGAAAUAUGGCCUUAUUCCAUGGCUGACUUUUGGAACAAAUACAUCUAUCCCGAGUACCGGGCCCUAGUCAGACAUCUCAAUGAUUCUGAGGAGAUCGACAACGGCGGAACUCUAAUGAAUCUCCUGGCGCAAAUAAUGUCGAGAAACACAAAAGAGGGUGUUGAAAAAGAACUAUUCAUUCCGAAACUUGUUGAACAUGUUCGUCUAGUCAGAUUUACGGCCAUCGAAGAGCGGCAAUAUAAUGAGCAGAAGGAGCAUCUCAAGAAAAAAGUUGAGAAGCUCAUCGGGCGAAAGCCCGACAGCGUCUAUCUCAAAGAUUGUGCAAUUCAAGAGAGCGUGCUGACAGCAAUGGCGAAACUCAAAGAAUCGCUUAUCUCGUCCGGAGAGCACAUCAACUAUUGCGAUUCGACGACAACGACGACGACAGCGAGCAAGACGAGCGAGAAGAUCGUGUUCGGUCCCGAAACCGUAGUGAUGCGAUUGAUCAGCGCAAAGAAGACGCAAAUCGAGGAGAACGUGCGCAAUCUGAUGAGCUCGUUCUUCGGUCUCGCCGGCGUUUACUACGUUCUCAACAAUGCGCAGAGCACGCUGAAUGUUUUGGAUAACGCAAUCACCGAGGUUAAGCUAGUCAAUGGAGCCAAUGACACGUUCAAUGAGGCACUUCAACUGGAUGCUUCAGAAUUUAAUAACGUCAUCUCGGAAUCCGAUGGAUCUGAUUCUGAUGUGGAGAUUGACAUUGGCGCUGAGUCGAUGAAGGAGAAUAAGCUGAAGCAGAAGAUUAAAAAGGAAUCCGCCACCGUGAGAACGCUUCGACGAGAGCGAAUGCGUCGGAAACAAAAAGAGAAGGCGGCGUCGUCGCCGAGCGGCGAGCCGAGCACGAGCACUGAAAAACGGCCAGCUUCACCUUUGAGUGAUGAUUCGGAGAGCGAUGAUGAAACCAAUGUUCUGUACGAUCAGGAGAAGCGAGCGCGGCUAACUGAUGAUGAUCGGCCGGCGAGUGCGUUGGUCGAGAAGGAAGAGGAUCGAAUGGCGAGGGCGGCAAAGUUGGCCGAGAAGAAGAUGGAACGGGUGAAGAAGGAGUUGAAGAAGAACGCGUGUAAGCCGAUUCGCGUCGAUGUCCCAUUAUUGACACAUUUGACUAUGCGCCUUAAAUUCUAUACCUACAACGAGAACACGGUGGUCCGUCAAACCGCUGCCAACCUGAUGAGCAAUCUCGGAGGAAUGAAAGCAAUGAUUGAUGAGUUGUUCAAGGCGAUCUGCCGAUACUGUAGAAAUGAGAGGCGAACAUUAAAUGUGAUGGAGGUCGAGUGGAAAGAAUGGAUGGAGGAAUGGACGAAUGGAAAAAUUGAGGUGGAGCACAUCAAAAAGUACCUGGAAGACUUUAUUGAUUUACAUGACGAUCCCGAAUCACUGGAAGUCGCGAGAAGCAUUUCGACCAAUUUUGGGUUCUUUAACACAAUAUCGCAGCUCUCGAUUGUGCCAAUGUACCAGGAAUCUCGAAAACAUCUCAACGCCGACUAUCGUCUUUUUAAUAAGACCGUAUAUUGUCGUUCUUCGGACUUCACGAAACGCCGCCGGCAAUACAUUCACGAAGUCUCGACUUGUAUGGGAAAUUGUGACGGAAUACCGUUUGAGAGGGCGUAUGCUGAUGCGCAAUAUGCAACGGUUGCGACGAUGAUGAAUAGCCUUAUAGAGCAUUUCGAUGGCAUCGAGAUGCUUCGUCGGACGUUUGAAAAGAGCAUGGGCGAGCUCAUCAAAUUGUUUGUUGAGGCGCUAUCAGAUGACGCGACGAAGAAAACGCUUCGCGAUGAUUUGAUGAAAUCGCAAGCCAAUUUCUCUCUAUUUAAAGAUAUUCUUGGAUGCGAUCAUGCUCUACUCGACGUUCGCAAAAAUGAUAUUCUUUGCACUCGAUCCAUUGAGCAUGUGCAAUGCAAAUUGUGCCGUGCUGCUUAUGAUCUCGCCGCUCUUCAAUAUGAAAGCGGUUUUGGAACAUUUCACGGUGUGCCGAAAUCGAAAUCCAAAAUUCGAAAUGUGUUCUUGAUGAUUGUUCAGUAUGAAAAGAAGAAGCUCAAAUCGUCGUUGUCGAGUUCAAGUGCCGUCAAAAGCCUUCGUCACUACCUAAAGCGCCUCGGCAAGACCAUCAAGCUAUCAAGAAGCGCGUUGAUUAUUAUUCAUGAAUAUGCGAAUCGAAUUUCCGAGCUGGAGCAAUCCUACAUGCCGCUUUCAGUGGAAAUGCUCUCCUCAAUUCUCAGCACCAAAAUGAAGGUUUUCAAGAAGAACUCACCAGAGCAUGUGAAUAUUGCCAAAGCUCAUUUCCUCAACGAUAUCGAACAUUUCUCAUCGAACAACAAUCAGCUUUACGCCGAUUUGCGCUAUCUGACAUUCCUUUAUAAGCGCGAAAUCACUGGUGAAGGAGCCGACGAAGAGUGCCCGAUUUGCCGCACCGAAUUCUACAGUUUCGCCAUGUUCCCAUGUGGUCAUCGCGUUUGCGAUGGGUGUUACAAACACUUGAAACGAGUCUCCGGUUUGAAUAUUGUGCAUUGUCCAAGUUGCCGAAAAAGCGUCGGCGUCAAAUCGAUAAUGGUGGCGAUAUCGCCGAAAGACUCGGCGUCGACAUCGAUUCCGGGCGUCUCGCUUCCAGUCAAACUCGACAACACCAUACAGCUAAUCCGCGAGAUUCUCGGCGAGGAUAAACAUAAUAAGAUCAUCGUGUUCACAACUAUUGAGCCGGGAACCGCUAUAUGGAAUUUCGUAUGCCGAAUAUUCGACAAAGCUUUGCUUCCGUUUUACCCGAUGACACGAAAGGAUUAUGGCAAGAAGGUGUUCGAGUUUGAGCAUGUCAACUCGUUCCGUGUCCUGCUGGCGUCAUUCUCAACGAGCGCGAACGGUCUGAAUCUGACAAUUGCCAACAAUAUCAUCUUCCUCGAUCCAUCGCAUAUCUCAUCGGUCGUCGCUCAGGCGAUCGGCCGAAUCAAUCGAUUCGGGCAGACGAGGCCGAUGAACGUCUAUCAUAUGCUCGUUGAGAGCAGCAUCGACGAAGAGUUGAGGCUCAUCGCGACGACCGGAGACUCACGAAGACAGCGAACCGGAUGGACGCUUGGCGAGAUUCGCCAAAUGUUUGAUCUCGAGCCAGUUACCUAA